GAUUUUUAACUUUAUGACCUAAAAAUGGAUCCAGCUUUGUUAAAAGAGAGGAAGGCUUUUAUAGACCGAGCUAAGGCCCAGCCUGUGGUCGAAAAAAGAAAGAAAGGCAAAGAUGUUUCAGAGGACAGAGCAGCAAAAAAGCACAAGUCCAGUUCUUCAUUCAAACCAAAGAGUGAGUCCAAUUCAGCCCCAUUUGAUUAUAAGAGUUCCUCUGGUAGCUCUCAGUUCAAAUUCGCUAUUUUGGCAAAGAUAGUGAAAUACAUGAAAUCCCGACAUUUAAAUGGAGACACACAUCCUUUGACAAUUGAUGAGAUUCUAGAUGAAACAAAUCAGUUGGAUGUGGGCAGCAAGAUUAAACAUUGGCUUAUCACUGAAGCACUGAACAACAAUCCUAAAAUCAAAGUUGUUGAAAAUGGGCAGAAAUAUGCUUUUAAGCCCAAGUUUGACAUUCGUGAUAAAACAAGUCUAAUGAAGUUACUGAAGUAUCAAGACCUGCAUGGAUUAGGUGGUGUGCUGAAAGAGGAUGUAGAAGAGUCACUUCCUAAUGCUGAGAAAGCUCUCAAAAGUUUGGGGGAACACAUCAUCACAAUAGUUAGACCAAAUGACAAAAAAGAGAUUCUGUUUUAUAAUGACAAGUAUUGCAGAUACAAAGUUGAUGAAGAAUUUCAGAAACUUUGGAGAGGGGUUUCAGUAGAUGGACUUGAUGACAAGAAAAUAGAAGAAUAUUUAGAAAAACAGGGAAUUUCCUCUAUGCAGGAUGUUGGAUUGAAAAAAGCAGCUCAAAUUAAACGCAAGAAAGGCGGCGGAAAAAGAAAAACAUUUAAGAAGCACAAUGAGCAUUUGGAUGGAGUAUUGGAGGAUUAUUCUGAGACAGUCAAAUAAUGGAGAUCUUGAUGGAUAAAAUUUAUCAGGAAAAUAUGCAGCAUAUGUGUCAGUGACUUUUGUGAGCAGAUUAAUUAGAUUCUUUUCCAAACCAUCAAUUUGUUCAAUUGCUCUAGUGUUCCAGUCACCCAAUUUUGUGACAUUUUAAACAUAUUCAGUACUUGUAUUUUAUUUUCUUAACAUGCUUUACGAACAAUGUGCAGUAAAACAUGUACAAAAAAUGGGAUGCUAAGCAUAGGAAAAAUCAUUUUGUUUCAUAUGUAAUUUAUAUCUUUUUGACAUUCAGUGGUAUGAACUUUGUAGUGUCAAAAUUUAACUUUGCUUUAAGCAAUUAUUUGCUAUGUGCAUUUCUGUGUUCAUUGUAAUUCUGUUUCACUGUAUCACAGAUUUAAUUGUCAUUUUUUACAUCUCCUCGAGUUACAAAUUGUCAGGUAAGGUUUUUUUUUUUUACAUGAAAUAAAUGUUUGAAUGCAGAAA